UGUGUGUGAUGCAAUCCUGCACACCCACACACACGACUAGUGCAACACACUCGAUCAGUCAGCGCCCGCCAUCCAGUCAUUCACCCGUAUGUGUUUGUGCGCUGCCUUUGCAGUGCAGUGCAACCCCCUCCACAUGAGCGCAUCGGACUGUGUGUCUGCGUUCGUGUGUAAACACUGCACUGAUGGAUGUGGCGCAGACAGACAGGAAGGAUGUGGUGAGGUGGUACAUACUGCCAGCCGCACCGCACAGACCCCUGCUGUGUGUCGUGUGUGGGUGGGGGAGUGUGUGGGUGGGUGGUCACCUCCGUCCAUGCCAUGUGUGACAGAAUUGACUAAAGUAGUGAGUCAGUCGCAACAAACAAAUACACAAAAGGCAGGCAGGCAGGCAGUGCAGUCAGCCGCACAUUACAGAUUUCUGGACAACGAUCCGAUCCCAGCCGGCCCGGCCAGCCCACGACACAUCGAUCACUGCACUGACAGGACGACGACGACUUGACAGUAAGUACUCACACACAUCCCGGCCUCACUCAGCUUUCACAGCGUGACCGCGGUGGGUGGCCGGCGUGUGUGCUCUCGGGUCGGGCGAGGCGACACAUACACACCAUCACUAGACACCAAAACACAAGGCAGCCUCUACCCCUCCCCCUCUCCCACGCCCUCCCUCCCUCCCUCCCUCCUACUAUGCGUGUCGCUCUGUCCAUCCAUCUAUCGCUUGAUGGGCCGUGCCUGCACAAAGGCCCCGAACCGACUGCAGUCGCCGAAGGGCCUCCCCUCUGCGUCGCGCAAGAAGUGGUCGCGCAUGUCCUCGUGGUCCCAGUGAUGCACCACCUCGAAGUCAUGCUGCUUGAGCAUUUUGUUGACCUCGCCCUUGACGAUGCCAUAAGUGAUGGGCGUCUUGUUGCGCUUCAUCAUCUCUACCACCCUGGACCAGAAGGGAUCCACGGCCCCAUCGAUGAGGGCCUUGUCGAUGUAGCUGCACACCACACCACACCACACCAGGACACACAUCAUCACAUGUCGGGAUGGGAUCGGUCCAUGUCUGUCUGUCUGUCUGUCUGUCUGUGUGGCUGCUCACUCAAAUGUGAUGGUGCUGUCCACCGACAGACUCUGAGAGGCCACAAUCAAAUGAUGCCCACACAACCAGACAGAGAGAGGACUGGACAUCCACCACACAUAAGCACAGAAUGGUACUUACCCUCACGGCGGCCAGUGUGGCUGCGACGCCCUCUUCCGUCAAGUACAUGGUCACACCCUCCCAGAUGAAGAGGCUCCUCUGCCCUCUGACGAAGCCAGCGUCCAGCAGCACACUCUCGAGGCUCUCUGUGUUGAAGUCGCACGACACGAAGCGCACGUCCUCGUACGACGCAGGGUCCACCGAACGGUGCUGGACACCCACACGCAGACACACAAACACACUCACCUGAAGGACUUCUUGUGUGUGUGUGUGUGUGUGUGGUUCAGGCGGUGUUCAGGUCCCACCCACCUUCAUGAGGCUCAGUUUGUCUUGCUGCACGGCCUGCUGGUCAACUUCGAACAUCUUGACGGCAUGCUGCUUGCGGAGACCGGCGAACCGGUGCCACCGCGUGUCAUAACCUGACCACACCACACCACACACACGCAGAGAGACGGAGGGAGAAAGGGAGGAUGCCAAUGGAUGAGUGUGGUCGUAUUGCCUCGCUCGCUCACCGGCUCCCAGUAUGACGAGCUGCAGCGGCACUUUAUCGGUUGCCGCGGCCUCAACGCCAUCCUGAAUCAGCUUGUCGACCAGCUUGGUACGGGCUGACGCAUCGAACGGAGAGCACAGGGAGAUGCAGACAUCCUGCCUGCCUGUGUGUGUCCGUACCGAAGAUGCUUGCCGCGCCCUGCGACGGACAGACAGACAGACAGACAGACAGACAGACAGCCGGAUGCAUCAAGUGGAUCGGGAGGUGCACACAUUGGUGGGCUAUUGCUCGCGUACGCCGCCCUUCCACUUGUCGCUCCACUGUAUGAGGCGGAUCAGCCAGCUUGUGGGCAGCAGCAUGUACAGCUGGACGAGCCACCAAUACCUGUACCUGAGCCAACCAAAGCCAGGAAAGAGAGAGGCAUCUGUCUGUCUGUCUGUCUGUCUGUCCAUGUCAUUGCCUCUUUCUCCUUUGCUCACGAGAUGAAUCGCGCGAUGGCGGCUCGUUCGCUAAUGGGCAGGUCGCACGGUGGCGGCAGCUUCGUCAUAACGUAUCGGGCGCCACACACCGCUUCUGCGUUGAAUGAACGAACGUUUCUUUCGGAUCUGAGAAUGGAAGUCCGUAUGAACAACCACUCCCUCACGAACAUGCUGAACUGGGCACCCAUCUUGAUCAGAUGACGACUUGUUUUUCG